AUGAAAUAAGUUCUCAUUUUAGUAUUCAAUCUAUAUCAUGUUCUUUGUUAAGAUGAAUUGCUUGCUGUGUAGGCCAUUUGGAGACAUGGGGCAAGAAAUCCUUAUUUCUGCAAUUAUGAAUGUGAUCUGAACGUAGCAAAAGGAGAUAGUGCUUUAUUAACACCUACCGGAAUGAGACAAUAAUAUAUAUUGGGAAAAUGGUUAAGAAAAAGAUAUAUUUAAGUUACCCCACUUUUGUCAUCAACAUUUAAUGAAAAUGAAAUAUACAUAGAAAGUUCAGAUGUCAAUAGGACUCUGUAAAGUGCUUAUUGCAACCUAUAAGGUAUGUAUCCAGAAGGACCUAAUGUACCUCAUUUUGUGGAUGAAAAUGCUUAAUUGCUUUUACCUCCCAAUAAGGGAGCUGUUACUCCUGCAGGAAUAGGAGAUUAUGCCUUGCCCAACAAUAUUUAAUUAAUACCCAUACAUACCAAACAAAAAGAAACGGAUUAUGCUCUUGCACUUUCAUGCCCAAAAGGUUCUGAAAUGGUUGUUCAAAACCUAAAAACGGACCUAUAUAAAGAGGUUAAUGAUUACAGUUCAAAAUUAUACAAAGACUUUAAUGAAUAGGUAAAUUUAACUGGUGAUCAACAAGUGAAUGACUUCAUCACACUUUCUGAUUUUAGAGACACAUUUGUUUGUAAUAGAUACAAUGGAGAUAAAAUGCCUGAAAAUUUGAAAGCAGAAACAUUAUAACAAAUUGAUGAUAUCGCUAAUUUGGCAUUUAGUCUUGAAAGGUUCUAAACACAAGAAUAAGUAAAUCUUUAUUCAACUCCUUACUUUAAAUAAGUUUUUGAUCGUUUUGAUAGCAUUUUGAAUGGUACUUCUAAUUUUAAGUAUUAUGGAUCCUCUUCUCAUGAUUCUACCAUAUUGGCUGCAUUAUCUGCUCUUAAUUUGACAAGUGCUUAAUGUUAAGCUGAUAUUUAUCUUAAAAAAAAUGUAACUCACCCAUAUUGCAUUACAAAAUAUAUUGAUUUUGCAUUUAAUUUAAUAUUUGAACUCUACAAUAAUUCAAUCACUGGACCAUAUGUUAAAGUAUUAUAUAAUGGUGAGUAUAUGCCUCUGUGUUCUAUUUAAGGUAACACAUGCUUAUAUUCAAACUUACGGUCUAAAUUAAUGGCAACAUAAGUUGAUUAUAAAAAGGAAUGUGGAAUAGCUAAAGAUGAUGAAAUACUUAUCGAAGAGGAAACCCCUGGUUGGGCAUUAGUAUUUUUCAUCGUAGUUUUGUUGCUAUUAAUCGCUGGAGUAGGCAUAGUCAUACUAAUUAAAAAAAAGAUAGCAAAUUUAAAAUGA